CUGGCUCCGGGUGAGGCUGGCCGUGUGACAUGUGUUACUAGUUUGAGUCACUGUUUGCAGCAUGGAGAUUCCGGACUUCGAGGCCAUGAACUUCACGGUGGAGCCGGUGGCUUCGACCUACCCGCUGUGUGAAGAAUGGAGAGAAGGCUCGGAGGGCGCCGUGUUCCACCUCGCCAACAUCUUCCUGUUCCUUGGCUUCAUGGGGGGCAGUGGCUUUUACGGACUCCUCUAUUUGUUCAUCUUCCUCACGCUGGGAUUCUUCUGUUUCACUCUCUGGUCCUUGUCGGACCCCUGCACCACGGACUCUUUUCUAUGGAGUUUCGCGCUCUUUGCGAUUUGUCUUGUACAAGUCCUCUAUCUGUCCUACAGGCUGAGGAGCGUUUCGUUUGACAAGGACUUCCAGGAGCUCUACAACUGCAUGUUUAAAAGACUCGGAGUGUCGCUCGCACAUUUUGGGAAGAUAGUGGCCUGCUGUGACGGAGAAGUCCACACAUUAGAGAAGGACCAGUGCUUCGCUGCAGAGGGAAAAACCUCCAUCGACAAGCUGUCGGUGCUGCUGUCUGGAAGAAUCCGUGUGACAAUUAAUGGAGAGUUUCUGCAUUACAUCCACCCUUUCCAGUUUCUGGAUUCUCCAGAAUGGGACUCUCUGCAACCAUCAGAGGAGGGCGUGUUCGAGGUGACCCUGCAGGCUGAUGACCCCUGCCGGUAUGUGACUUGGAGGAGGAAGAAGCUCUACCUGCUCUUUGCUAAGCAUCGCUACAUAGCCAAGAUCUUUGCCCUGGUCGUGCGCCGUGACAUAGCAGAAAAGCUGUACUCACUCAGUGACAUGGCCUGCAACAGAUACGGAUACCCCUAUGACCUCCGCUUACCACGUGACCCUCACCUGCUGGGGACUGAAGUAGAAAGGGCUGAUGAUGAUCUGCAAGUGUCUGUGCAGGGCAGGAGGGCUCCCUAACACACACACACACACACACACACACACACACACCCACACACACACACAUGCACAGUUCUCCCACACUGGUUCUCAGCAUCUGGGAGUCCAUGUCAGUCACAGAGGGCAAAGUGGAGUACAAGCCUGUACACUCAGUGGUUUCAGUACAGUUAAACUCAGUGCCAUAUGUUCAGGUCUCAAUUUAAUGUUAAUGUUGCAAAUUUGAAGUAAGAAUAGCUUUUAUUGAUAUUUAUGUAACAGAUCUACCCUUUGCCCCUGCCCACACUGAAAGGUAAAAGGUAUUCAGUUUACAUUGCAGUGCAGCAGCUACACAUGCAGCCUAGGCAGGAGUGUAACAGGAGCGACCGUUUGGCUGUUGUCUGCAUAUUCAAUACUUACGUCUAGUUUUCAUGUAUUUAUUCAAAUAUGAUUCAGUGUAUCGAGCCAAUCACACUCCUGUACUAAAACCGAUAGAUGAUGAUCUCACACGUUGGAAUAUGUUCUCACUCGUGGGAGGGCUUGGCACAGUUAAAAUGAUGACCUAAAAUCAAUUAUCUGUCUGCUGCUUGGUUUAAGUCACUACACUCAGACGUUUCAAAUGUUUAUGGAAAAACAAACCAUCACGAAUAAGUUUAGAAACUCUCCGUACACCAAAACACAGUGGAGGUCCAGGACCACCGAACCUUCAUUACUGUUUCUUAGUCAAUAGAUAACUGUAUGUUUCAAACUGGAUCAAAUCAGCUUCUUUAGGCCUGUAACAGAUUUUUCUUGCCAUCUGUAUUUUUAAAAAUCGCCUCUGAAACUGGGGCCUCUGUGUGAAAAUGGCUGUAAUCCUGAACAGGUAAUGGCAUGAAAUGUGUCUCCAAAAGCUAACAUGUGGAUGUGUGUUGUUCUGUGAAAAUAUAAUAUUAGUUUUACUGUGUAGAUGCAGCAGCUGUUAAUAAUACACAUGCUAGCUGCUCACAAAACAGGACGCCUCAGACUGACCCUGAGCUUACAGGUGUGACUCUUUGUCCUGGACUCGACAGGCUUUUCCAUCUUGAAGCUUUUUCUCUGUAUUAUUGUAGGGUCUUUACCCACAAUACAAAGCGCCUUGAGGUGACUGUUUGUUGUGAU